AUGGGGUUGGGCCCGUAUCUUGCCUAUGAUGGUAUGAACUACGAAUGUACUAUCUGUGACCGACUUUUCUGCUCUGAAUCUGCUCUUUACGCUCAUUGCAGGCAGACAUCACGACACCAAUGGUGUGAACGGUGUUUCCGGGUCUUCGUUUCGACACAAGCAAAAAAUACGCAUCUUCGAACGUCCAGCAGACAUAAUGUUUUGGACACUCAUCAUUUUUGUCCGGAGUGCAACGUCUACUAUGGUUCUGUUGAGCAACUACAAGAACAUGAAGUCAACCGGCACCACCUUUGCGUCAAAUGCGGUGACUAUUUUGAGAACAAGAAUAAUUUGCAAAUGCAUCAGCAGAGACAUCGACCUCGAAAUCUGGAAUGCUACGGUUGUUACCAAAAAUUUAAAUCCUUUUCUGGAAUGUUAAUCCAUCUGGAGUCUGGUAGUUGCGCGUCGGAUACUACCGAGGAGGAAAUUGACGAUAUAGCCCACGCUUGUUACCAGAGUCGGAAGUAUAUGAAUGAUGAUCCUGAGGACGGAGGGCAGCUCUACAGAUGCCCCAGUUGCGAAACGAAGUUCUCAAAGCUUUCUGCACUUUACCAACAUGUGGAGGAUGUCCCACCGUGCUCUUCUCCUCUCAGUGGAUACGGUUGUCUGGCUGAGCUGGAACAAUUUAUUGCUCGCAGACUACAGUAG